UGUCAUCCUAACUGUCGCCACCUUGACGGUGCAGCAAGCAGCAUCUAGCAUUCUGGCUAAAUGUGUAAACCUGGUUAACUUCCUUUUUGACUACUUUUGCGAUUACUUUACUCGCUACUAUGAGCACUCAGAGGAACGACAACACCUCCUGAGUCUAUAAACUGUCGUGUCAAGAUUAAUUGGUUAUUCUUGAUUUAUUUUGGCGUGGACAUCACCUCUGCCUGGAGGAAAUACUACUGGCUAGCGCGCCUGCUCGGAGCUCCAGUGUCAGCCUGUAGUGCCAGAGGGGAUGGAUCCUCUGGGUGCUCGCUCCCAGUUCGUGGACAUCCAGACCCUCCCCACGUGGCAGCAGCAGCUGGACGAGGAUGGCGAGGAGACGCCGCUGGAGCAGAGCGACAGCCUGCUUAGCCAGCAGGCCUUCCCCUCACCCUUCCCCUUCAGACCAGACAUCAACCGCAAGAUCAUCCUCUUCGCUGGUGAUGUGGCGCUGCUGAACUGCACCUCUAUCGUGAACACCAGCAACGAGUCGCUGAAUGACAAAAACCCAGUGUCUGACAGCAUCCAUCAGCUAGCAGGGCCUGAGCUGCGAGACGAGCUUCUUAAACUCAAAGGAUGUCGGACGGGGGAGGCGAAGCUGACCAAAGGCUUCAACCUGGCGGCGAGGUUCAUCAUCCACACGGUGGGACCAAAAUACAAAGCCAAGUACCGGACGGCAGCGGAGAGUUCGCUGUACAGCUGCUACAGGAACAUCAUGCAACUGGCUGCAGAGCAGUCGAUGGCAUCUGUUGGCUUCUGUGUGGUGAGCACAACCAAAAGAGGUUACCCACUGGAGGACGCAACACACAUCGCUUUCAGAACAGUGCGCAGGUUCCUGGAAAAUCAUGGAAACAGCAUAGAGGCGGUGGUGUUCGCAGUGUCAGACACAGAUGAGCCGGUGUACAAGAAGUUACUGCCUCUCUACUACCCUCGCUCUGAGGAAGAAGAGAAGGCCUGCCUGCCACUCAUCCCAGCUGACAUUGGCAACUCAGAGGGUGAACCGGUCGUCCCAGAGAGACAGAUUCGCAUCGCAGAGAAACCAGGCACCCUGGAAGAUGAUUCUGAAGAGGAGAGUCUGGAGUCAGAUCUGGGUCAGGUGGGGAAUCACGCUUUUGCCCGGAUGGAGGGUGAUGUGGACAAACAGCGGAAACAGAUCCUACAGGGCCAGAUGUCAGAGGCAGCCAUGCAGAAACAACACCAGAGGAAUUACAAUCGCUGGCUGUGCCGGGCAAGAGCGGAAGAUCUGUCGGACAUCGCUGCACUGAAAGCUUUAUAUCAAACUGGUGUGGAUAUGUGUGGCAGGACAGUGAUGAUUCUGGUUGGACGAAACAUCCCAGUGACCCUUAUCGACCUUGAAAAGGCGCUGCUGUACUUCAUCCAUGUGAUGGACCACAUCACAGUGAAGGAGUAUGUGAUGGUUUACUUCCACACGCUGACCGGCGAGCACAACCACCUGGACUCCGAUUUCCUCAAGAACCUCUACGACAUCGUUGAGGCCAAGUUUAAAAAGAAUUUAAAGGCUUUCUACUUUGUACAUCCGACAUUUCGCUCUAAGGUUUCAACAUGGUUCUUCACCACCUUCAGCGUGUCAGGGAUGAAGGACAAGGUUCGCUACCUGGACAACCUGCAGCAGCUCUUCACCUGCAUCAAACCUGAGCAGAUUGACAUCCCGCCGUUUGUCCUAGAAUAUGACGCACGGGUGAACGGACCCUACCAUCCCUCUCAGUCUUCUGGUCUGUGACAGGAGACCAAUCGGACUUCCCUGCCGGGAUGACGAGGUGGUGUCAGCCUGUCAAAUGAAGGCCUUUUAUGGACAUCAUGUUGCCUGUGUGGUCUGAACUCCUAACUUCUUGUGAAGGCUCCGAGCCAUAGUGGGGAAUCUCUCCUUUGGUUCUGUCCCAGCCAAAAGGACAGAAGUAACAGUCGCAGCCCACAUUUGGCAGCGUGUGUCCUGGUGAGAGGUCAUUGUCACUCACCACAGGCUAUUUGUGGAUCUUGUAUGGUUUCUGGAUUAUGCCUUACACCAAGGGUUCUUAUUCAGCAGUUUCCUCAAACAUCCCUAAAUAUGAAGUAUCAUGUCAAGCCUGACAGUGGCUCAAAGCCUUUUCCGUUGUGUGGUCAUAUCAGACGUCCUCGCCCAUGUCUCAGAAUAUUAUAACUUUUCAAAUGCUGGAGUAAGGCGGGAAUAUUACUUCUGUCUGGACUUCCACUCUGUUUAAUUCUGUACCAUACCAUGAUGGCAGAAUCUAUAGGCGAAGUAAAGACUAAUGCUGCGCUCAGUCGGAAGUUGGAAGUUCCCACCCGGUACGUUGCAAUAACAACCUCUGUGUUCUCCUGCGGCCACAAUCAGAAACCCCGGGGGAGAGAAAUGAACACCUGGCUUGGAGAUACUAUACCUGAAUAGACGGCUAAUGUCAUUGUAUGUUCUAAACAUAGAACAUUAACUUUAUAUCACAUUUUGGAAAGUGCACCUUUUUGCUUUCUUGCCAUGAGUUGGAUGGUUUGUAUGCUAAAUUUGAAGCUACAGCCAGAAGAUGGUUAGCUUCGUUUAGAAUAGACUGGAAGAAGGGGGAAAGCGCUACCUGUAAAACCUCAAUUUCUACACUUAUGCUAUGGUUAGUUUGUGAGCUUUAAAAGGUGCUGGUAGGCAUAUUUUCCUACCUUUAACCAGAGCCAGGCUAGUUGUAACUUUAGUUUAACAGAGGUUGGUAUCUCAUCUAACUCUUGGCAUGAGAGUAAAUAACUAUAUUUCCCAAACUGUUAACUUUAAGCUUUAAAUCCAUACAGAGUGUUUGGAUAUAUGUGCUUCUACCAGCCAUUUAACUUGUUAAAAGUAGCACUGAAACAAUUCAUUGAUUAAUCACUCAACACAAGUGGGUUGGGGUUUUGUUUUGUUUUACAGUUGAUUGAUCAUGUGACUUCAUACCAUAGGAUGCUUAACAUUCACUGGUGUCAGUUUCUCAGCUGAGAGAAUUUGCUGCUUUUUCUGUGUUAAAUAGUUAAAAAUUGAACGCUUUUCGGUUUGGGACGUUUGGUUGCACAAAUACCAAGUAAAUUUAGGAUGUCACCUGGGCCUUUGUUAACAUCUGAUGGGCAAUUUUCACUAUUUGUUUAAACUUUAUAGAUUAAAGAUCCAGUAUGUAACAUUUAGGAGGAUCUAUUGGCAGAAAUGGAAUAUAAUAUUCAUAGGUAUGUUUUCAUUAGUGUAUAAUCGCCUGAAUAUAAGAAUCAUUAUGUUCUUGUUACCUGAAGAUGAGCUGUUUUUAUUUACAGACACAGCAAGUCACUUUCCACGGAGUCCGCCAUGUUGAACUGCCUGUUUUACUGUAGCCCAGAAGGGACAAAUCAAACACUGGCUGUAGAUAGGGCCAUUCAAGUUUUUCGCACAUUUCACAGCCACUGUAGUUUCUCCCUCAUGCUUGGAAGGGGACGGUGAAACUAAAUCCUACACACUGGACCUUUUUUAUAAAAAUUCAUUUAUUCUCAGUGAUCAAAACAUUAUUCGACAAUAAAAAUAGGUAGUUGAGGCCUUAAUCACAAGGCUUUCAGUCAGAAAGUUGUCUUCUGCUAUGGUAGUGCCUGUGUAAGGGUAGCUAGCCUUUGUUAAAUCAGCCUACUUGUCAAGCUGAAGGUCUUUUACAGCCUUAUGACAGCAGAUCUUAGCCUGAAGGUCAGGAGAUGACAUAAAGGACUUCUGCAUUAACUUACUGUCUCAUGUAUUUGCUUCCAAAUUGUCUCACAAUGUUAAAUUAUGUUGUGUAAAAAUGUGUCUGCUUCCUUUGAUAUUCACUGUAUGGUUGAACCAUUAAUGUCUCACUCACAAGAAGGUAUAGCUUUGUUUUAAGAAUGCACGGGCCAGAAUGGAUGAAAAUUGCUGUUUAUAGCUCUUCUCACACUCGCAUGAUGGUGGAAAGUAGAAUUAGCGGAUUUUCUUUCCCCCUUGCCAAUGGAGCUUGAAAUUGUUUGUGCCUGUAUUUUUAAAAUGAGCUUUUUGUUUCCUCACUAAUUUUGCUUUUUAUUUGCACAGUUAGCUCUGCUUUAAUUGGUGUUUUCACAAUGCAAAAAGUUUGAUUUAACUUGGACUACCAGACUGGAGGAUUUACCUAGGGCAAUUGCAAAUCAGAUCUACUAACUAAACGUUGAAAACAUUCCUGUGAUUGUCUAAACUUUUCAAGCAGUCAUCAUGUAGCAAACCCCAUCUGUCUGGUAUGCCAAGAGGUAACACUAUCACACUAUCACAAUAAACAUGGAUUCUGUUUCACUAAACGUCUGUCACUGUUGGGAGGGAUUCCACCUACAUGUAUUUCUGUCUUCUGCCUCUCUAACUGCCAGGAAUCUGCACAUCUUUAAAUCAUUUCAGCUCUGUUGGUGAGAAACAGCCUCUCACAGCUCUUCAUAGUAAAGUUCUUGUCCUUAGAUACACUCACAUUAGUGAUUCAAAACUCCUGACACAGCCACACAAGUCAUGUUACAUUAUCAGCUUGAACCUGAGGUUUCUUAAAUGGUAACUUGUUUUUGUAGACUGACAGGGACAUUUAACAGGGACAUUUCAGUUAAUGCUGUACUAAAUAAAUCAAUAAACAAAGACAAUGCAGUCAAAUCGAAGUAGAUUUUAACAGUUUAAUGUCUUUUAAAUCAUAUUUUUCAGAUUCAAAGACUGAAUAUCACAAUGAGUUGUUAAAAA